AUGUCAGAAUUGAUAGAUUUACCAAUAAAUGGGAAUUGGGGAUCAUGGUCUUCAUGGACAUCGUGUAAUUCCAAUUGUGGUUCUGGGAAAAGAAAAAGAAUAAGACGAUGUAACAAUCCCCUACCAGCGUUUGGUGGAUCAUCGUGUAUUGGAAAAUCAGAAGAAUCACAUACAUGUACUGGCAGUAGUUGUCCAGUAAGAGGAAACUGGGGAUCAUGGUCAGCCUGGACAGGAUGCAGUUCUAGCUGUAAUUCUGGAUAUCAGACAAGACACCGUGUCUGUAAUAAUCCAGUACCAUCGUCUAGUGGUUUAUAUUGUAAUGGAAGAUCUUUUGAAGUCCGUAACUGCAACCUUGCAAAGUGUCCAGUUGAUGGAAGUUGGGGACACUGGAGUAUAUUGUCAAAAUGCAGUGUAACUUGUGGUGAUGGCUUUCAACAACGUACGCGUAAUUGUGACAAUCCAACCCCAUCUUUUGGUGGAUCUUCAUGUACUGGAGUUGAUAAAUUACCUCUCCCAUGCCGUCAGAUACACUGUCCAGUUGACGGCGACUGGUCAGAAUGGGUAGUAUGGAGCGUAUGUUCGUACUCUUGUGGUUCUGGAGUAAAGACGAGGACUAGACAGUGUAAUGAUCCUUCUCCUACUUAUGGUGGAGUUAGAUUUGAUGGUGACUGGAGUAAAUGGUCUUCCUGGAGUACCUGCACUGCCUUGUGUAACGGUGGAAUUCAAGAAAGAGCUCGGACAUGUGAUGCACCAGCACCAUCCAACCGAGGACAUUAUUGCAAUGGAACAGCAACAGAAAGUCAACCUUGUAACAACGUCCAUUGUCAAAGUAAUGUUUGA